CUCUGCAUUUCUUUGGCACAUCUGAAUAUCUCAUUGUCGUUUCUAACAGUCAUAGAUUUAUGACGGCAAGAUAGGAAUUGUCAUUUUCUCUAAAAAUAAUGGAAGAACCAGAGAGGGGGAUUAAUUCUAAUUCACAGAAUUGUUCUUCCGGCCCGUGUUCCUCAUAUUCUGCAAUGGGACGAUUUUUCCAGAGAACCAGUGCAUUUGACUGCAUGCACCCCUCUCAGACGGGAGGGGUAGGACUAGCUCCACCACACACGGGGUUCGGGUAUUCGGCAUAUCCGGGUGAUUGGGGAUUUAUGCAUGGACCAAGUUACACGCCAAGUUUCAACUUCAACAGAGCAUUAAAUAGUCCGUCAAAUUUCUAUUCGGUGUCCAGAGACUUUGGAACUUCGCUGGGACAUACUGUGUCCGGUCCGCCCCCGCUUAUUGGAGCCAGUGCGAGUUCUGUUGGAAUUUCCUGUGAACCUGUGGAUAAUUAUGGAACGGGCCUAUGUGGGGAAUCCCCUUGCUCGCCUAGCUCCAGUGACAAUUGUUUGUCUGAUGAUUUAGAUAAGAAAGAAAACAAGGGACAAGACAACGACCCGUACAAGCUAGAUCUAUCCGUCAAACCGAGGAAAGAGAGGACGGCCUUCACCAAGCACCAGAUUCGGGAGCUGGAGAAAGAGUUCGCCGUCCAUAAUUAUCUGACCAGACUCCGGCGGUACGAGAUAGCUGUAGCCCUGGACCUCACCGAGAGACAGGUAAAGGUAUGGUUUCAAAACAGACGAAUGAAGUGGAAACGAGUGAAAGGUACAAAGCUGGUCAAAGAUAAAGUGGACGGACAACUUAAGCCGAUAAUGGCACCAAAUGUUUCGUCCACCGCCUCGGACGUACAGAACUGCGAGGUACCCCAGAGCUGAGGGACCGAUAGGGGGCGGGAUUCAAGGAGCGACCCCUGGCGGAUUAUUUCUGUUUAUUACGUGUGUGUGUGUGGAGGAAGUUUACUCCUGAACUGUGCGAAAUUGACAUCGUCGAGUCAAAAUAACUUCUGCUGUGUAACAAUUGGUUGGAAAUUUUAGGACUAUCGGAUUAAUUAAUUCGCACUCGACUACUACACUCCCAUGUUUUCACUUUUUGAUUGUUUCACAGCAUUUUCUGUUUUAACACAGCGAGGGGUGAAAACAUGUAUUACAUUGUAAUCACUGACCCCUGAGUAUACUUUUUCAUGGUAUCAAUUUAUACAUUUCAAAUAAAUAAUACUGUACAAAAAUAUGAAU